AUGCAAUUGCUUCGUCUUAUGCCAAGCACCACUGUAGCGUGCACAAAUGUAGACCUAGUUGAAGUCUCCGAGAUGUAUAUGUCAGAUAUCCCAAGCCCACAGACUCUCGACAUUGAAUAUGAUCGUUGGAUGAGAAGAUAGCAAUCCGAGACGGACAAACCAGACGCGCUUCAACCUGCCUUACAUGUUGAAGCACGUCUUGCGUCGUGCAUCGUUGAAGCGCGAAGUAACUCAGUUUGUUUUUGUUCAAAUUUCGCUUAGGUUAACAAAUGACAGCUUUAUUGAUUACACUUUUUGUCGAUCUACAGGCUUGUGAUCCCAACAUCUUUCCGAACAUCCACAUCUGUUGUUGCGAAUAGGAUGUACAAUUCCAGUAACAUCAGCUGAUAACGAGCGCUCAAACAGCACUUUGAAACUAGUCAAGGGCUACCUUCGAACCACGAUGACAACCGAGAGACUUUCUAGCCUGGCUUUCAUGAGUAUUCACUAUGAAAAGCCUUUCGAUUACGAUGCUAUAGUUCAGAAAUUUGCCGAACAACAACCUCGUAGAAUGUUACUCGUUGAUCCCAUUUUUGAGGAAUCUUAA